UAGGUACUAUGAAAGGGGGAACAAAUAGUGUGUCUAAUGGGGAGGUAGCACCGGUUGAACAAUACUUGGAUGAGUUUGAUAUUGAUCUAAUAAUAGGAUGGUUGUGCACUUUUUCAAUGGACACGUUCGUGCAUUUGAGAGAACCUAUUAGGGACAGCAAAUUAUCAGGACCCGAAUGGGUAAGAGAGAUUGUUUAUGGACAUUCAGAUAGAAUAUAUGAAGCAUUUAGAAUGGAGAGACAUGUUUUUCUAAACCUAUGUGAUUUAAUGAGGGCAAGAGGCUGGUUGAAAGAUAGUCAGUAUGUUAGGACAGAUGAACAAGUUGGGAUUUUCUUGUCUUUGGUUGGUCACAAGAACUCCAUCAGAGAUUUAUGUGAGAGAUUCCAACAUUCGGAAGAAACAAUCAGCAAGUAUUUUACCAUAGUGUUGAAAGCCGUUAUGAAACUGGCAAAAGAGGUUAUCAAGCCACCUUCUUUUGAUAUUGUCCCAGAAGAGAUUCUUAUGGAUCCUAACCAUAAACUCUACUUCAAGGGCUGCGUAGGUGCUAUUGAUGGCACCCACGUUAAUGCUUCUGUGCCUGUGUCGAAGCAAAUCCCAUUUAGAGGCAGGAAAGGGACUACCACCCAGAAUGUUUUGUGUGUUUGUUCAUUUGAUAUGAAAUUUACUUUCGUAUAUGCUGGGUGGGAAGGAUUUGCCAACGAUUGUCGGGUGCUCUCGACAGCACUCGAGACUCCUCAACUGCAAUUUCCUCGACCACCACCCGGAAAAUACUACGUGGUAGAUUCUGGUUAUGCAGCACUUGAAGGAUUUUUAACUCCGUUUAAAAGGUAUUAUUAUCGUUGUAUUUUUGAAAUCCAAAGCCUGUGCAGCGUUUCAAACAGAGGUUUGGCAAGCUUUGAAUAUUUGGCAAAGCAUGAGUUGAUGGGAUAUUUUAGUACUAGGAGUACAGAGAAUCUCAUUGGAGUGUUGGCAUUCAACUACAUUUUUCUUGCUGCAAAUGAAGACUACUCCUCCACCUACAUGUUCAACUUUAUUGGAUGA